CCCGCGCCGGGCAAGGCCCAGCCUGCCUUGGCCUGGCAGGGCUGCACAAGCAGCCGGUCCGAACUAAGGCGGAAGGACUCUGAGGCCCAGCCUCCGUCCGGGAUGGAGCCACGGUCCGGGACGCGUCUCCUCUGUGUCCGGGGGGCUGACUGUGCCCGGACGGUCUGAAGUGCGGCCGCCCUGGGGAGGGUGGACGGGCAGGGCGGGGCCGAGCCGCUGGCUGACCUUGGCAGGCCGCAUUUGGCGCGGCCGCCACCACGCGCAGCUGGGUGUGGUGGCACAUGCCUGUAUCCCUAGCACCGAGGAGGAAGAGGUAGGAGAUCAAGACCAGCUAUGGCUACAUAAUGUUUUCAAGUCAGCGAACAUUCACUGAGUAUCUACUAUAUACAAGAUGAACAUCUGCAACAAACCCUCCAACAAGACAGCCCCUGAGAAGAGUGUGUGGACAGCGCCUUCGCAGGACAGUGGGCCCUCCCCAGAACUGCAGGGCCAGCGGUCUCGCCGGAAUGGAUGGAGCUGGCCCCCCCACCCGCUCCAGAUUGUGGCCUGGCUGCUCUACCUCUUCUUUGCGGUGAUUGGCUUUGGGGUCCUUGUUCCCCUCCUGCCUCACCACUGGGUGCCUGCUGGCUAUGCUUGCAUGGGUGCCAUCUUUGCUGGCCACCUUGUGGUGCACCUGACCGCUGUCUCCAUCGAUCCAGCAGAUGCCAAUGUUCGGGACAAGAGCUAUUCUGGCCCCCUGCCUAUCUUCAACCGCAGCCAGCAUGCACAUGUCAUUGAAGACCUGCACUGCAAUCUGUGCGACGUGGAUGUGAGUGCUCGAUCCAAACACUGCAGCGCCUGCAACAAGUGCGUAUGCGGCUUCGAUCAUCAUUGCAAGUGGCUCAAUAAUUGCGUGGGCGAGAGGAACUAUCGGCUCUUUCUACACAGUGUGGCAUCUGCUUUAUUGGGUGUUCUGCUCCUCGUGCUGGUGGCCACUUAUGUCUUCGUGGAGUUUUUUGUCAACCCCAUGAGGCUUCGUACCAACCAACACUUUGAAGUGCUGAAGAAUCACACAGAUGUGUGGUUUGUGUUCUUGCCUGCUGCCCCUGUGGAGACCCAGGCGCCUGCCAUCCUGGCCCUGGCUGCCCUACUCAUCCUUCUGGGCCUGCUUUCUACAGCCCUGCUUGGCCACCUGCUCUGCUUCCACAUUUAUUUAAUGUGGCACAAGCUCACCACCUAUGAAUACAUCGUGCAGCACCGCCCAGCUCAGGAAGCAAAGGAGACCCACAAGGAGCUUGAAACAUGCCCCCGAAAGAUGCGGCCCAUUCAGGAGAUGGAGUUCUACAUGAGGACCUUCAGCCACGUGCGUCCAGAGCCCUCUGGUCAGGCUAGGCCAGCAGCAUUAAAUGCCAAUCCUUCCCAGUUUCUUGCCACCCAAGGCCAAGUGGAACCACCACUGCCCUCCUCCUCAGACACACUGGCUCUGCCUCCACGGAUCCAACCCCAGAAAAAGAGGAAGCGGCGUGUGUACAGAUUGCCGAAGUCUGGGGUCUUGGACCGGGAGCCCCCGCUGCCCAGGCUAUGGGGGACUGGGACCCCCGGCCGCCACUCCAGUUCUUCAUCCGAUUCCACCAGUGCCAGUCCAGUGCAUGCGGCUGGCUCUGCUGGCGCCUACUACUCGGCAUCAGCCGACUCCAUGGAAGAGAUUCCUGUGGCCCAGACGCGCCUGGGCAGUGCCGCAUUGGGCACCCCAGGAGCCAGGGCCCGAGAGUCUGGGCUGGCGCUACAGGCACGUUUGCCUGCCGUUUUCGUGAGCCCGAGCAGUGGCGAGCUCGGGACGCCGGCGGCGAAGACGGCCUGCCUUAGUGGGCACCGGAGGCAGGAGGGCCGCCUAGGAACUUCCUGCCGACUCUAUGCAACACCCUAUCUGGCCGGCGGGAUCGGCCUCCCUCUCCCGAGACUCAGCAAUAUCCGCUCCACCAAGCCCUGAUGCUC